UUUCUCCACCAUCUCCUCCUCCAAAACCAAAUCAAAACCCCUUUUUAGAUUCUUCUUCUUCUUCUUCUUCUCUAUUCAAUUUGUUCUAACUUAGGUAAAAAAAAUGGCAAUGAACCCAAGAAUUCUGGUAACCGCGUUGCCUCUGUUCGUGCUCUUCUUGAGCUUCGCCGACGCCAGAAUCCCCGGGAUCUACUCCGGCAGCGCCUGGCAAAGCGCCCAUGCUACUUUCUACGGCGGCAGCGACGCCUCCGGCACCAUGGGCGGCGCGUGCGGGUACGGAAACCUGUACAGCCAAGGCUAUGGCGUUAACACAGCAGCGUUGAGCACUGCAUUGUUCAACAACGGCUUCAGCUGCGGGGCUUGCUUCGAGAUCAAAUGCGCCAACGACCCUCAGUGGUGCCAUUCAGGAAGCCCUUCCAUCUUCAUCACCGCCACCAACUUCUGCCCUCCCAACUUCGCUCAGCCCAGCGACAAUGGCGGCUGGUGCAACCCCCCACGUGCCCAUUUCGACCUCGCCAUGCCCAUGUUCCUCAAGAUCGCCGAGUACCGGGCCGGCAUCGUCCCCAUCUCCUACCGCAGGGUUCCGUGUAGGAAGAGAGGAGGGAUAAGGUUCACGAUCAACGGGCACAGGUACUUCAACCUGGUGCUGAUAACGAACGUGGCGGGAGCCGGGGACAUCGUGAGGGCGAGCGUGAAGGGGUCGAGGACGGGAUGGAUGAGUUUGAGCAGGAACUGGGGACAGAACUGGCAGUCGAACGCUGUUCUGGUUGGUCAGUCACUGUCAUUCCGUGUCACAGGCAGUGACCGUAGAACCUCCACAUCCUGGAACAUCGUUCCUUCGUCCUGGCAGUUUGGUCAAACUUUUGUCGGGAAGAAUUUCAGGGUCUGAUUUGCGAAGGCCGAGAAAGUGUGGGAACGAGUUGAAAACGGAGGAAAAAGUAGCUCCGCUAAUUUCGCCUUUUACUCUUUUUUUUUUUUUAAUAUUUUGGUAAGGUAGUGGGGAGAGAGAGAGAGAGAGAGAGAGAGAGAGAGAGAGAGAGAGAGAUGAAGGGGGGUAAAGUGUGUGGUGGAGGUGGAGAGCUGAAGUGGCUGUGAGAGUUUAAUGUUGAACAGCCCGCAGCUCUUAAUACGGGAAAAAAAGGGGGGUUGUAAUGCUUUUCUUAGUCUUAAUAUACAAAUUUGUUCUUCUGAUU